UUAAAUCAUGAGUUAUAACUGUUAGUAAAAGUAUCAUAUUAGUCGCUAUAUAAAGCAUCAGGUCAACAGUCGAGGUUAAAGAUGAAAGAGGCGCGAGCACCGACCCUGUCUCUUGCCUGCUGCGUGCGCAACUAGUUUUUUGUAUGUGGCACCGACAGGUAGAGAGGGGGCAAGCCAUUGCUUGUAGAGUAAGUAGGAGGGGCUUUCCAUGAUGCUAGGAUAAGCUAAGGUAGGGGUACGUGUCAGUGAAAAAGGUAUACGUUCUGUCCACCGGCUUUAGUUAGAGUCGUGAUUCACAAGACUAACGGUAAAGCAACAGUAGAGCUAGUAGUAGCAUCAGUAGCAGCAGUAAUUUGAAUACAAUCUUCGAACGUGCAACUUCCGUCAUUAAGGCUCCACAGGACAUGUCAUAUAGAGAGCGCGGGUGCUUGACGGCCUCGCCCUUGUUAGAACUAGGAGACAAAAGUAAAAUACUACCGUACAUUUUUGGAUAUGCAUCGACAGUUUUGAGUUAUACAACAAUAUUUGAUGUACGACUAAAUUUAUACAGCCAUCGUCGCUAUAGAAAAUAGUUGUAUAAAUUAUCUUUUUUGUAAGCUUAAAUGUGAAAAAAAAAUGUUUACCUGCAAAAUUUCAUCGCACAUGGCAAGACGUAAUUUAAGUGACAAAAAUUAAAUCUUUAUAUUGCAAGCAAAUGCUUUGAUCCAUUAUAUGUUCUCUAAUAUUUCGCCAAAUUCGAUUGUAAACAACAUUAAAUCUUCGUAUGUAUACAGUUAUAUGAUCUUUUGAAGAAGCGAACAAAAAAAAAGGAGAAUUUCAGCAUUUUGAUUGAAUAAAUAUUAAAACUUAAGAAACCGAAUAAUACAUCUUUGACUAAUUAAGCCUUAAAUGUACUUAUUUAGAUAAAAGGCUUUAAUAUCAAUAAAUAAAGCAUGUAGACUAAUUAGUCAAAUUAAAUGUUUAUAACUAAUAUUUUUGUGUAGUAGUGCAAAUUAUAAUGGUUAAAAAAUACUUUUAGACAACAAAUAAAAGAUAAAAGUAUAAUCAACGACCAAUCGAAUUGUGUCAAUUAUUAUGCAUAAAUCGUUUAAGUUUGAAACAUUUAAUUCUAUCUCCAAGAUAAUAGUUGCAUACACAAAUACAUAUAUUAUAACAAAUAAAAGAAGCUUUAUAGUGCAGUGAUGAGUGUAUUAAUUUUAAAUAUUCAAACAUGAACAACUUAUUGUGUAUUAUUUGGAUUCCCUGAGAAGCUGUACGUUAACGUCCUCAAAGUUCUUUAAGGCAUAAAAAGUUUAUAAACAAAAAUAAUAUCUCCAGUAUCUUUUUAGUUCUAGUUAAUGGAUAUCUUAAAGAGUUUGAAAAACAUCCUGCUUCAAAUAGCAGUUGUGAUGCAAGAUGAUGUUUGCAGUAUGAAGAAAUAUUUGAUGAUAACACUUGAAAUCAGAAGUUUUAUUCUACCAACAAAAUGUUUUCGAGAUCGUACCUGACAACAUAAAAAUGCUUAAAAGACUGCUUCCUGCAUAAGAUAUUGGAAGUUAAUACUGACACAGAUUAUAUAAUUAAAAUAUUUAAACAAAUUAUAAAGAAUAAUUUGUCGACCUGAAUAUUUUUAUCAAACAUUGACAAAGCUUUUUUAAAACUUGUUUGUUUAACAUAUAUACUUAUCAAUACUUAUUAUUAUUACUAAUAUGAAAGUCGAACUUGUUAAAUGUUGAGCUUUGAAAUAAAUAAUUGAUUGAUGAAUUGAUUUUCCUAAAAUUAAUCAAAUUUAAACUAAAGUCAUGGAUUCAAAAAAUGUAAGUCAACCUUCAUCCCAGGAUUGUAAUGUACAAUCUCCAGCUUUACAAAGUUAUCAUACGCCUAAUGAAGGUCAUAUUUAUUAUGUUAUUAUGGAGCGUCUUGUUACCAAACUGAACGACAUAGAACAUGAACUAAAAUGUGCUUGGAGAAUAUUAGACAUCUUAAAUCAGGAGUGUAUAAAAAUGUGGGAGAGAUUAGAAAAAUUAGAAGGUUUUUUGUUUGAACAACAAAAUGUAAUCACGCAAUUAGUAGAAUAUCAUUCUACCGAAAACAAUCAAGAAGAAUCCAACGUAGUUAAUGAAAAUAUUGUAGGUUCUAUUGGCGAAUUAGAUGCUAUAGCUGAAAGUCUAGGAGCAGCUAUCGGAAUUGAAGAAACAAGUGUUCUAAGAGAAAAAUUGGCUAAAAACGAAUUAACAAAGAAGCAAGAGUUUAUUCAAGAAUCGUCAAAAUCAAUAUCUCCAGUAACCGAUAACCAGAGAAAUAUUCGAUAUCUUGAAGGAUUAGAAACUUUGGAUGAAGAAAUUGCAGUUCCAGAUGAAGCAUUUUAUCGAAGUUUAAAUAACGCAUAUCGAGAAGAUUUGAUAUGUGGUGAUACUUCUAGACCUGCUUCACAACUAGGCAUGAUUUGGGAAGAAGCUGAAGAUGUGGAAGAUCUGAAUUGUAAAAAAGAUACAGAGAACAGCAAACAAUCUAAAGAACAAAUUCAACAUAAUUCCACGAUAUUAAAGCAAACUUCCUGUACACUAACAAAAAAAGAACCGGAAAAACAGAUUGAAGAAGAAACUGAUGUACAAGAGGAUGAAGGAGAAGUUUUCAGUGCCGAAGAUUAUAAAACAUAUCGCGGUGAUAGUCCAUGCGUUAGUGAACAUGAUUUAGCACAGUUAUCAAGAUUAAGUUUAAUUGAUGAAGCUUCUUUGGACAAAUUGCAUGAAUUGAAUAGAUUGACUAGUAAAUUACAAAAAGAUUCUCAAAAUCUCAUAGAACUCCAUUCUAGACUAACGGAAUCUCCUAAAAAGCAGUAUUUUUCUGAAGGUGAAGCUAAAUCAGCUGAUGAAAUGAGUAAUACGGAUGAACAGUUAAGAAAAAUGUAUGUCGAAACCGAUGUUGAUAACUGGACAUAUUCCAAGAGUCCGGGAUCUACUGGGCGAUCCAUAUCGAGAGUUAGCACAGAUAGCGGCUUAACGACUGACGGUGACAUCACUACCCGAUCGAUUUCACCUAGACUGAACUCCGCAUCUAAAUCUAAUUUAGAUUUUAAUCCUUUGGCAUACACACAACCAAAAGCAAGCUAUGCAACUGCGCUGAUAGAAAUAAGUCCUGAAUCUGUCAUUACAUUACCUAUAGAUGUCGGGAAUUUUGCAAAAGGUUAUGCAGAAAACAAAGAGCUAACUGAUCUGAUGGUAGAAAGUUUAGGAACUAUAAAUUGUGUAUCUCCUACACGAUCUGUGGAAAGUCUUCAUGAUAUUCAUGACAUAAAAGCUCAAAAAGAUGAAUACAUUGGAAGCGUCAUGAGAUUAAACUUGUUAAAUAAAAUGGAAUAUAACGAAAAUCGAAGCCCAGAAAGCCAAUCACCAAUGUCUCCGCCUCCACCAGCUCCACAGGAUUUAAAUGAAAAUUUAUUUCUAAAAAGCAAGGAACAGCAAGAAUGUAUAAAUAAAAGUUCACAAAGCUCAGGUUUUUCGAAAAAUAUUGAUAUAAAUUAUGAUCAAAACAAAUUUAAUUCACGAGCUCAACAAUCUCCGAAAUCUCCUAGGUUAUCUCCUAAACAAGUGACAAAACUAACUAACAGUAUUGUUACAGCUAAGUCAGAUUCUGGACUAUCUUCAAUGAGUGGAUGGAGCAGUAUUGAUAAAUCUCCUUGUUCACCAAAAAAUGUUGUGUCGAAAACAUUAUCGCCGUUUUUAUCAGAUAAUGCGAAACCUACCGUUGUAUUAAAUACUGAAGCUAUAAAAAUCGAAAAUCCCCUUAUGUCUUUCUCAGAUAUAAAAAUAGUUAAUGUCGACCCUUUAUAUGAUACCCCUGAAGGCCUCGAUUCUUUAUGUCAGAGAGAACCUUUAGUAACAGACCAUCUGUACGACUCAAUUGUUAAUCAUCUACCAUUAGCACAAACUGUUGUAAAUUCAGUUAUAAUAGAUGAUUUUGAUUCUGUACCUCCACCAGCUCCUGCUAAAAGAUCACCUCUAAGUCCAAUAAAAAGUAGUCAUCUACAUACUUUAUCUAAGAGUAUCGAUGUAAUAACAAUUGGAACAACAAAAGAUUUCUUUUGUAGAAAUGUACAACCCGCAAUUUAUUCUGUCGCUGGAAGUAAUAAAUGUCAAGCAAUAACUAGUGUAUAUACAAGUGGUUCAGGAGCAUAUGAAGCAAAAACUGCGCCUACUGAAAACGUUUCAAGUAGUGAAGAUCUACGCACAAUCUAUCAAGAUCGUAACAAUACUGUAUCACACAACGUUAUUUCAGCUAAUUGUGAUUUAUUAAACUAUGUUAAAAAGUCAUCAAAAACAGCACUCUAUGUAGGUGAAAUUACAAAUAAUGAUGGAUCAAAAACAGCAAAUUAUAAAACAAUGUUUCCAACAGGAAAUAUUACCGAUGCAUUGUCUUAUUAUCCUACUAGCACUAAUCUUUCUAGAACUGAAAUAAUCGAUAAUAGUUGGCAUGGUACUUGUAAUGAGAAUUUAUUAAAUGAUCCUACCUCUUUAAAUCUUAAAUCGCCAAGUUUAGAAUAUAACCACCAUCAAAAUAUUUAUACUGAUAGACGAACUGUACCACCUUCGUACCAAACAGUAGCAUUUCAUACCUAUGCUAACCAAGGAUUUAUACAAGCAUAUCAGCAACAAUGUCAACUUUUUAAUCAACGCUUGUCAAGUUUUGAGAAUCCUCAAUUGGCUGACACAUACAAAAAUCAGUGUCAAAAAGAGCAUCAACAUUUUACAGAUCAAGAGCUCCAAAAAACUCAAAUUACUAAAUUGCAACAAGAAGAGUUUUAUGAUGCUUCCAACGUUAUAGUUUCGCAAUCUGGAUAUAUAAGUAUUUCAGCAAAUAUUAAAGAUUUAGAACCAGAAUCUUUGAAAUCAUCAAAAAAAAUACGAAGGGGUUCAUCGUUAAAAAAUGCCAUGAGUUCAAUGAGUAAUUGGCUUCCUGAUUUAUACUUACAUAAAAGAAAUAGAAGUCAAUCAUUACCGGGGGGAAUCAAACGAGAAGAGCUAAAUGAGCCACCUAAUUCAGCUAGUCAGCGCGUAUUAAGCGAGGCGAUAUCGGUAAUACAUCGUCCCGGCGGACCAUCUGUUCGUAAAAAGAAAAAACAUAUUCUUGUGUCGACUGUUUCUGGUAUUUUACAAAAAGCUAAACGUAGAUCUCACCACACACAAUCUCUUUCUGAUCCAGAACAAUCUGAGACUGAAUGGAGUAGCGGAAAACAAAGUGGAUUGUCAGAAGAUGAAGAAAGUACAAUUUCAGAAGUAAAUCAAGAAAUUUCUGUUUUUGCUAAAGUUCGAGUUAAUACAUGCAAUAAAAAACAAUUGAAACGUAUUACCGCUCAGCAACAUUCUGAAAACGACGAACAAAAAGAAGAAUUCUUAAAACAGCAAUGUCUUCAGCAUCAAGAAGCACUUCAACAGCAGAUUCAAUAUCACCAAGAACAACUGCAAAAGAAUAUCAUAAAAGAAGAAUGGUUAUCAGAAAUGGAAACUGAAUGUAAAUCAGACCCAUACGAAGAAGAGCCAGUCGAACAAAUUAUUGAUUUUGAAGAUGAAACAUCAGGAAAUAGUACUAUAUCUGGUUCAGGUGGUUCAUCCAUUUUUCCUACAGUAGGUGAUAUAAAAAAAUCCACUAAUAGUUCUGAUGAAACAUUAAAUGACAGGUUUCCAAAAUUACCACCAGUAACUCUUAUAGGUGGUUCUAGUAUGGAGUUUGCAGUGUCAAGAGCAUUAGGUAAAUAUCGACAAAGACAGUCAUUUGCACUUCCUGAUGACCAGUUAGAUCUACUUAACAAUGAUCAAAAACUAUAUAAUAGUGCUAUUCAAUCUUCUUUUGAUUAUCAAGAAGAUCUAUCAGAAAAAAGCGACAAGAGCGAAAAAGAAUCCAAAUUACCUGAACUUGUUACCAGUACCAUUGAGGAAGUACAACCUGCAGAAAGUAGCCCUUCCGCUUCAAGUACACGAGGCCAUACACAAAGUGGGAGCCGUUUUUUUCCACGGCAUCAACAAUCUCUUGAAAUCCCUUGGGCUGGAUCUCGUAAUGGCGAUGGUGAUGAAGAUAACAGAAGCACACAUUCUUAUAGAAGUACAUCACGAGUAUCGUCACGCCGCCAAAGUACUGAAGAUUCAAUUGAUUCUGAAGAUGAAUGGUACUGCUAUGAAUUGAGAAAACUUGAAGAAUUAGAAAGACAAUCAGAAACGAAAAAAGAAACAGAUAUAAAUUUUACAUUUGUAGAAGAAUCUGAGAAAACUGAAACAUAUCAACCAAAUGAAGAAGUUAAAGAAAAAAUGUCAUUUGUACUUGAAGAAUUAAAAUUAAAAACAAACUUGCCGGCUGUUAUUACUGAUGACGAUGCAAAAAUUGAACUGGUAACGACAAAAAUCAAUGCAACAAUGGAUAUAGGAGAACGGUAUCAUUAUGAAAGACCAGCGCCUAAGAAAAAGUAUGCAGAACCGAUAGAAACGGUAUUUGCUAGAGUAACGGAUUAUCAUACGUGGGCUCAUGAAGAAAAUGCUAAGCGAGAGAAAAGAUUUACAAUAUCAGAAGAAAAUUCUUCUGGUGACACUUCCGGUCCUGACAGCCCUGUCCACUCUGUAGAAGAAGAUGAUGAACUACCGAAAGAUAUUGAUGAAUAUCACUCAAGACGGAGUUCCAGUGGUUCUAUGCUCCGACAUUAUGAAAAAAUGCCACACAGCUCGGAUUCUUUCUCUCGCGAAGGUAGUGUUAGUGUACCACCUAGUGAGAUUUCAGUUAGUAUACCAGGAGCAUGGGAUUCUGAAAGUAUCUUUAUUGAAAGUGAACGUGAUGGUUCUGCUAGUACUGAAGCUACUGAAGCUGGUAUUCAAAGCCUGCCAAAAAUAAAAGUUGAUACAUCAUCACAUGCCAGCUGCGAUGAUAAUGCAGCAAGGGAUGGCCAAUUUAGUCCAGGUCUUCCAGGAUCAAAAUGGAAAUUGCUCAAAGCAUUAAAAGAACGAAAGGCUGAAGAAAAAUUAAAAGAAAUUGAAGAGGCAAAUAAAGAAGCUAAUGAAAUAUCACAAGGAAUUACACCUAAUGGAAGUGGAAUCGGUGGUGAAUCUGGAGGUAGAGGAAAUGGGCAUUCAGGGGAGAUAACAGGGUUCUACAGCAAUAUCGACAGCAAACCAGAUAUACGCCCACGAAGGAAAUCAGUGCCAUUAGUGUCAGAACUGGUCUUAAAGACAAUGGCUGCAACAAAACGAAAUGCUGGACUAUCAGCUGUACCGAGAGCGACACUAAACGACGAAGAAUUGAAAAUGCAUGUUUAUAAGAAGACGCUGCAAGCAAUGAUAUACCCUAUUUCAUCUACAACACCACACAACUUUAUAACAUGGACUGCCACAUCACCUACGUAUUGUUAUGAAUGUGAAGGUCUUCUAUGGGGGAUAGCUAGACAAGGUGUCCGAUGUGUUGAAUGCGGCGUUAAAUGCCAUGAAAAGUGUAAAGACCUCCUUAAUGCUGAUUGUUUGCAAAGGGCUGCCGAAAAAAGUUCGAAGCAUGGCGCAGAAGACAAAGCAAACAGUAUAAUUACUGCUAUGAAAGAAAGAAUGAAACAACGAGAGCUCGAAAAACCUGAAAUUUUUGAAUUGAUUCGCACGACGUUUUCAGUCGACCCGGACACUCACAUAGACAGCCUAGAACAGGCCGAACAGAUGGUCCUAGAGGGUACCAGCAAGUGGUCCUGCAAAAUUGCUAUAACAGUUAUCUGUGCUCAAGGAUUGAUUGCUAAAGAUAAAAGCGGUACUUCAGAUCCUUACGUAACUGUCCAAGUUGGUAAAGUUAAAAAACGGACAAAAACUAUGCCACAAGAACUCAAUCCAGUAUGGAAUGAGAAGUUUUAUUUCGAAUGCCAUAAUUCAUCAGAUCGAAUUAAAGUUCGCGUUUGGGAUGAAGAUAAUGAUCUCAAGUCUAAACUUCGUCAAAAAUUAACUCGCGAAAGUGAUGAUUUUUUGGGUCAAACGAUUAUUGAAGUACGUACACUUAGUGGCGAGAUGGACGUAUGGUAUAAUUUAGAAAAACGCACAGAUAAAUCUGCAGUUUCGGGAGCUAUUAGACUGCACAUAAGUGUUGAAAUCAAGGGAGAAGAAAAGGUUGCUCCAUAUCAUGUUCAAUAUACAUGCCUGCAUGAAAAUCUUUUUCAUAGUUUAUGCGAAAACAACGAUGGAAUGGUAAAACUUCCGCAAGCCAAAGGUGAUGAUGCUUGGAAAGUAUACUUUGAUCCACCUGGUGAAGAACUUGUAGAUGAAUUUGCCAUGCGAUAUGGAAUAGAAAGUAUUUACCAAGCUAUGACACACUUUCACUGCCUUUCUACUAAAUACUUGUGUCCAGGAGUCCCAGCGGUUAUGUCUUCUCUCUUAGCAAACAUUAAUGCCUACUACGCCCAUACUACAGCAAGUUCAGCUGUAUCAGCUAGUGAUAGAUUUGCAGCUAGUAAUUUUGGGAAAGAAAAGUUUGUGAAAUUACUUGACCAACUGCAUAACUCAUUACGGAUUGACCUAUGUAUGUAUCGUAAUAAUUUUCCUGCAUCAAGUCAAGAAAAAUUAAUGGAUCUAAAAUCUACAGUUGAUUUAUUGACAAGUAUAACAUUUUUUCGUAUGAAAGUGCAAGAAUUAACUUCUCCCCCGCGAGCUAGUAACGUUGUCAAGGAUUGUGUAAUUGCUUGUUUGAAAUCAACGUAUCAAUUUCUUUUUCAAAAUUGCUAUGAUCUGUACAGUCGUGAAUUUCAAGUUGAUCCAAAUGAAGUUCGCCGCGAAGAUGAAAAUUCGCCUGCUUCUUUAGAUUUCUGGCAUAAACUUAUUGCUCUAAUAGUCUCAGUAAUUGAUGAAGACCGCAACAGUUAUGCACCUGUUUUAAAUCAGUUUCCUCAGGAGCUUAACAUUGGACAAUUAUCAGCUGCAACCGUAUGGUCACUAUUUGCUCUGGAUGUCAAAGAUGCUCUUGAUGAACAUGAACAGAGUAGGUCUUGCAAAUCAUCCGCGUAUAUGAAUCUUCAUUUUAAAGUAAAGUGGCUCUAUACAAACUAUGUGCAAGACGUACCGCCCUACAAAGGUCAGGUACCAGAAUAUCCAGCUUGGUUUGAGCCAUUUGUCAUGCAAUGGCUUAACGAAAACGAUGAUGUUUCUCUUGAAUACCUACAUGGUGCCUUUAGUAGAGACAAAAAAGAUGGGUUUCAGAAAAGUAGUGAACAUACUCUCUUUAGUGUAUCAGUCGUCGAUGUAUUCACACAAUUGACUCAAUGCUUCGACGUUGUUUCAAAACUCGAGUGUCCAGAUCCAGAAAUUUGGAAAAGAUACAUGAAGCGAUUUGCUAAAACUAUUGUCAAAGUUUUGAUAGCUUAUGCAGAUAUUGUUAAAAAGGAAUUUCCUGAACAUUUAGAAGACGAGCGAAUAUGCUUAAGUCAUCCUAGCGGACGCUCAGCGCCUGAACACAAAAAUCUUGAAAAGCAAUGCACUAGUGGUGGCACAAGUAUCAUUUUUGUGUACUAUCUUGACGGUCGCUGUCGGUGGAGUAAAGACACUUAUCCAACGGUAAGACUAAUUUUCUUCGUUACCUUUUUCCAAAAACCUUCCGGAGUUUAUUAUUUUACAACACCUAUAGAAGCAUUUUCGCAGCCUCGGUACUUAAAAUGCGAAACCAUUUUUGCACCAGAAAUUAAAUACUAUCCAAAGAAUUCUACAUAAAAAUCAAAACCACAU